AUGGCAUUCUCAAAAGUCGCGUUGCUCUCUCUUCUUUCGCUGGUCGCGGCCAGGGACGCGCUCCAAAGCCCCACCGAAAGCCCUGUUAUCGGCGAAGUCACCCCACAGGGCUGCUUCAGUGCCCUCCCCAGUGAAGCCGAUGGACGAUCGGACACCUUCAACAGCGUCGGCUCAUGCGCCGAAUACUGUCAGGACCAGAAGAAGACAGUCGCGAUACUCAAGGGUGUAGAGUGUAUUUGCGCUGAUAUCUACCCCGCCGAAUCCGCCAAGGUAGACGACGACAAGUGCGACACGCCUUGUCCCGGAUACGCCAAAGAUGCCUGUGGUGGAAAAAAUGCCUACAGUGUUUUCAACCUUGGUGUGGAAUUGCUGCCUGGCAAUGAGGGUGAUAAGAGAUCCUCGGGCUCAACUGCUGAAUUGACGGGCUCGACUAAAACUUCUAUUGCGACGACUGCGACUGAAGCUUCUACCACCAACGCCGAGACGACUUCUGUGCCUACGACUGAGGCCGAAGAGACAACAUCCGCUACCAAGCCUGAAAAGGCUUCCGGGACCGAAGCGACAUCGAGCGACAGCACUGCGGUGUCUACGCCCAGCGCAUCUGCAUCAUCUGUCCCUGACAACGCGUCGCGCAGACUCAAUAACCCCAUUGGCAACUUGGUUGGACUUUUGCGACACCUGCUAUAA